AUGUCUCUCCAACCUACCCAGACCAACAUGACUAUCAGCAACGCCAACCCCCAGACCUCGUCCGCCGACUGGUGGCGCCAGGCGCUUGUGUACCAGAUCUACCCGCGUUCAUUCAUGGACGCGAACGGGGACGGUAUCGGAGACCUUGUGGGCAUCACCUCCAAGAUUCCCUACCUCAAGGACCUGGGCGUCGACGCUAUCUGGCUCUCUCCCUUCUACCCGUCAGCGCUCAAGGACGGCGGCUACGAUGUUGCCGACUACCGUAACGUCGACCCCAAGAUCGGCACGCUCGCCGACUUUGACGACAUGACGUCGGCAUGCAAGGCCGCCGGCAUCAAGGUCAUUGUCGACAUUGUGCCCAACCACUCGUCGGACGACCACGAGUGGUUCCAGGCCGCCCUCAAGGCUGGUCCCGGCUCACCCGAACGUAACCGCUACAUCUUCCGCGACGGUCUCGGUCCUAACAAGGACCAGGCGCCCGCCGAUUGGGAGUGCAUGUUUGGCGGUCCGGCAUGGGAGCCCGUUGGUGAUGGACAGUAUUACCUUCACCUGUUUGAUGCGAGCCAGCCCGACUUCAACUGGGAGAACCCCGAGGUUCGCGCCGACUUUAUCAAGACGCUGAGGUUCUGGGCCGACCGUGGAGUCUCUGGAUUCCGUAUCGACGUCGCUCACGGUUGUUCCAAGAAGGUCGACGAGAUCCUCAACUCGAACAAGCUGCACUCGCAGGAGGAGAUUGCUUCCCUCAGCCUCAAGAUGCUCGAGGGCACACUUGAUGACGACGCACACCCGUACCUCGACCGGAACGAGGUGUUUGACAUCUACCGCGAGUGGCGCAAGGUGUUCAACGAGUACAGCCCUCCCCUCACUGCCGUUGCUGAGGCUUGGGUCUCGAGCAAGCGCAAGCCUCUGUACGCUUCCGCCGACGGUCUCGGCCAGGCCUUCUCCUUUGACAUGCUCAUGGCUCCCUUUGACCCGUCUGCAUUCAAGAAGAUCAUUGUCGACUCGCUCGACGACGCAGCCCAGAGCGGCUCGUCGACCACUUGGGUCUUCUCGAACCACGAUGUCAUCCGCCACGCGACGCGCCACGCCCUGCCUGACGACGGAGGAUACCACGAGACUGCGCGCAAGUACCUCCUCAACAAGGGCAAGGCGCCCGUUGCCGACCUUGAGCUUGGCUUGCGUCGCGCCCGCGCCGCGACUAUGAUGAUCCUCGCUCUCCCCGGAUCAGCGUACAUCUACCAGGGCGAGGAGCUUGGUCUCUUCGAAGUCGCCGAGAUGCCAGACGAGGAGCGCCAGGACCCUACCUUCUUCCGCAAGCCUGGUGUUGAUGUUGGUCGCGACGGAUGCCGCAUCGCCAUGCCAUGGAGCGGUGAGGGCAAGAACAUGGGCUUUGGGCCAGGGAAGCGUCCCCACCUCGUUCAGCCUGAGGGAUACCGCAAGCUCGCGGUUGACGUAGAGGACAAGGACCCCAACUCGACCCUCAACCUCUACCGCAAGGCGCUUGGGCUGAGGCACGAGCUCCAGUGCGCCGAGGACCUUGAGUGGCUCUCGGACGACGCCGAGACUGUCCACUUCAAGCGGCCCAACGGGUGGGAGGUGCUCGUCAACUUUGGCAAGGAGGCGCGUUCCAUCCCCUCGAACCGCAAGGUCGCGCUCUCAUCGGGCGACCUCGUCGACGGUGCUGUCCCAACUGACACCGCUGUCUGGCUUCUUCCGGCUUAA